CCCACAAAAAAUUCAAAUUAAAAUUUUGCCGCUUGAAACUACUAAAGCGCCACCUACAGUUCGAUCAUUUGUUGUGUUCCCAACAAUUCAUUAAUUAAAAAAUUAAGACAAGUUUACGACUAAUUAGUGUGUGAAACAGAGCAAGUAAGUCUUGUUGUUGACACUACCUAACCUCAAAUUUUUGAUUUGCGUUGCACGUGUUAAACCAUGGGUGAGAUAAAAACGGAGCCUCUGGACGGGGCUGAGGACCAGAAAGAGGAAGAAUUGACCUACGAGCAAAAAGUCAACAACUGUAAUACAAUAGCAAAGCCUAUGGCGUCGAAAAAAUUGACAAAAAAAGUACACAAAUUGGUGAAAAAAGCCGUAAAACACAAAACGUACGUCCGGAACGGGCUGAAGGAUGUGCAAAAACGGAUUCGCAAGGGGGAGACAGGGAUUGUGAUCUUCGCUGGAGACAUUACUCCCAUCGAUAUAAUGUGCCACUUACCGGCGGUUUGUGAGGACAGAGACAUUCCGUACGUGUAUGUGCCUAGUAGGCGGGACUUGGGGGGCGCAAUGGGGAUCAUGAGGGGCUGCAUGUUGGCGUUAGUGCGCCCCCAUGACGACUACAAGGAUAUGUUUAACGAGUUAAAGGAUGAAAUCAAAACUUUGGCUGUAGAAUUGUAAGUUAAUAAAAAGCUGGCGUUUAAUACAAA